GCAUUACGCACACAUGUUGGGUGGGGUGUUGUUGUGGAGUAAUCAGGCAUUUGUUUCUACAUUUUCUGUGCAAACCGAUUGAUUUGAUUUAUAUAUGUAACUAAUUGAGAUAUCAACAAUGUUCGCCAAAACGUUUAAGGACUUUUGCAUUAAUUUUAAUGGCAAGAAUACUUUUUCCAGUGGAGACCUGAUGACUGGACAGAUUUCCUUCGAGCUAGCCAAGGCGACAAAGAUCAGGUCGAUCUCAAUGUGUCUGACGGGACGGGCAAACGUCCACUGGUCGUCCGGUGGGGGGAAGAAAAGGAAUCGAAGACACUACAACGCAAAUAUUGACUUUUUUAAUCUCAAAAGUAUGAUUUUGACAGAAGGAGCUGUUGGUGAAGCAGCGAAACUUCCGCCUGGCAGGCAUGUGUAUCCAUUUACAUGUCAUAUCCCACAAGGGGACUUCCCAUCCAGCUUUCAUGGACCUCAUGGUCUAAUACGGUACAGCCUGAAGGUGAGCAUCGACAGACCGUGGCAUAUGUCAACGGAUUUUGUGACAGAGUUCAACUUUGUGCACCACAUCAAUUCCAACCAGCCCGACUUAUGGUCUCCUCUAUCAGGCUCCAACAGCAUGGAAGUGUGCUUCCUCUGUUGUGCUUCAGGUCCCAUCACCAUGACAGCCAGCACAGAGAAGAAAGCCUUCUCACCAGGUGAAAUGGUCAAGAUAAUCUGCGACUUCAGCAACGCUUCAUCUCGGACAGUGACUCCAAAGAUCAAACUGCAGCAGAAGCAACAUUACUAUACUAUCAACAGGAUCCAUAGCCGAUUAGUGGUGAAAACCAUGGUCUCUCAGAUCGGGCUGCCCAUUGCCGCUCACACCUCAGACAUGCAUACUGAGUUGACUUUGACUAUUCCCAUGGACUCUUCACUCUCCAUCUCCAACUGCAGCAUCCUCAAUGUGGAGUACGUGAUUGAGCUGAGGCUCUGUGUAAGUGGUUCCUCGGACCUCACCGUGGUGUUUCCCAUCAUUCUGUGUGACAUCCCUUUUCAUCCUCUGGCAUCUGGAGUAACAACUUAAAGGAAAACUGCACUUAAAAAAAGGCCCAUCAUCCACAAUCAUUAUCCUUAUCCACGUUCUAAAGAUAUAAAAACAAAAGAGGAAGCUUUCGUUGUCUGUGCGUCUAAUCCAAUACACCCCCGCUCCCUGGGAAAAAGUUCAGGCUCAGGAUUUUUUUAAUUUUAUUUUUUUACUGUUAAGUCCUGUGUAUGUUUUACCAUAUUGUAAAUAUAUUACAUUUACAUACAUUUAUUUAACAAAUUUAUUUAACAAAUACUUUGCACUUAACAGUUUUAAUGCUCAGUUUUGAUUGAGUGUAAUAUUUACUUCUCAAGUCUGCUCGGGUGAUCACCAUUAUUUUGUAAUUGCCUGUCAUAACUCCUCUGUUUACUAACUUGCCAAACCUUUAAGACUGCGUUGACACUUUUGGUAUUUGGUAUGUAGAAAACGAUAUGCGGUGGUCUUUUUGUCAUCAGACCAAAGGCUGCCAAAAUGAAUGAAAAUACUGCCAAAUAAUUGGGUCCAUACGGUUUAUAUAGGUUGGUCUGUAUUCAAGUGUUACUUACAGUAUGUAUUGUGAGAUGGAAGUUUGUUUUUUCCAGGGAAACAUGCCAUAAUAAUUAUUCCACAGCAAAUUGCAAUUUCUUUGUUGCCAACUGGUGUGUGAUGUAAGUAGAAAGUAAAGCUUUAUUGUAUGUAAAUGUUCUGCAUGAAUUGCUUAAAAUCCUCAGCCUUAUUCUGGAUUGCCUUCUCGAAGAAACUGAUGCAUUCUUUGUUAGUUAGCAAACACUUUUAUAGUUCUAAAUAUCUUUGGACAAAUAUAUCUGACUUUGUUACCCAUGUAACUACAGUAUGUACAUUUUUUAAUUCAAAAACGGUUAUUGUCAUACUACUGCAGGUAUUUUUUAUUGUAAACAUCAUGCCUUUCAGAACACCAAAUAACAGCACUAACCUCAAACGGUAUGCUCUCUUACAACCAGAAAACCAUUGUUGAAAAUUUGUUAUUGAUGUUGAAUGUUGGUUUGUCUAUAAUCUACUUGUAUAUGUCAUGCAGUAUUAAAGGAAAACACUGUGUUACUGCCA